AAAAGGACGAAACGACCAACCUGUAGAGCGAAGACAAGGGAAAUAAGAGAAAAGCUUUUCGCCGGAUAAGGCCAUUGACUUGGAAGUCGCCUUCGUCCCCACAUUACUUUUUCAAGCACGCCAUCGCCAGAAGAUAGCUUUGAAUCCAGGUUGAUUCUCUCGGGAAAAGAAUCGUCCAGCUGUGGCAUAGGCAAGGGAGCUGCUCAGCCUCAGAUCCACGAGUUUUUCUUUUCUUGGUUCUCCCAGCUCAGGUGAGGGAGAAACAAGAAAGAUGCCUAUAGGGGAGCUAUUCCUAUCAGCGUUCGUCCAGGCGCUGUUUCAGCAAUUGGUCUCUAGUGCAACAAUGGCCUUGGCCCGUCGCGAGAAAGUGGAAACACAUUUCAAGAAGUUAAGUCAAGACUUGAAGAUUAUUCAAGGCGUGCUCGAUGACGCUGAGGAGAAACAGUUAACAGAAAAGGCCGUAACAGUCUGGUUGGAGUCCUUGAGGGACUUGGCUUAUGACUUGGAUGACUUGUUGGAUGAGAUCACUACUCGAGCUUUGAUUGUAGAUUCGAAGGAGAUUGAACCUAGCCGCAAGGACAAUAUUUUGUGGAAACUCCUCCCAUCUUGCAGCAAUUUGAUGCCUGGUACGCUGGUAUCAAAUUAUCGUAUCAUGUCAAGGAUAAAAGAGAUCACAAAUAAGUUACAGUUCAUAGUGAAGCAAAGGAUCGACUUAAAGUUGAGGGAGAAUUCUGCUAGUAUCCGGGCAUCAGUAACAAGGUUGCCAAGCACCUCUUUGGUGAAUGAAUCUCAGGUAUAUGGGAGAGACGAAGACAAAGAAACAAUAAUCGAUAUGCUGCUCGGCGGGAACGAGGCCUCCCACAACGACGUAUCUGUCAUUCCAAUAGUAGGAAUGGGUGGUAUAGGCAAAACAACUCUAGCCCAGCUGGUUUACAAUGAUAAAACUGUUAAGCAGAACUUCCAUGUUCGGGCAUGGGUGUGUGUUUCCGAAGAGUUCGAUGUCAUUUCUAUCACCAAGACGAUCUAUGAGUCGAUAACUGGAAUCAGUAGCCAGUCCAAGGACUUAGACACGCUUCAGGUGAGUCUGAAAGAGAGGCUAUCUAAAAGCAAGUUCCUAAUCAUUUUAGACGACGUUUGGAACGAGAACUAUGAUAAUUGGUACGACUUAUGCCGACCAUUCCAGUUUGGGCUACCGGGAAGCAGAAUUAUCGUCACUACUCGCAAUGAAAGCGUCGCAUCAGUUGUAGGCUCCCCUCGCGCUGCCUAUCAUAUGAAACUGCUAACUAACGACGAUUGCCUGUUGCUUUUAGGCCAACAUGCUCGGAAAUCAUUGCAGAAUGAUGCAGACUUGAGAGAAGUUGGUUGGGGACUGGCGAAGAAGUGUAAAGGCUUGCCUUUAGCUGCAAAGACGCUCGGUGGCCUCCUACGGUCGAAAGAAUCUAAAGAAGAGUGGGAGGAUGUGUUAUAUAGCAAGAUAUGGGAUCUAUCAGAGGAUAACAAUAAUAUUCUUCCAGUUUUAAGACUAAGUUAUCAUCAUCUUCCUUCACAUUUGAAGCAUCUAUUCGCAUACUGCUCGAUAUUUCCUAAGGACUAUGAGUUUGAAAAGGAUGAGCUGGUGAUUUUAUGGAUGGGAGAAGGCUUUCUCGAACAGCCAAAAGACAGGAAAACGAAGGAAGAGUUAGGACUCGAAUACUUCAACGAGCUUGUGUCGAGAUCCUUUUUCCAGCGCAUGAGUCCCGCUGAUUCAAAUUUUGUGAUGCAUGACCUUAUCAAUGACUUGGCGCAGUUUGUUGCCGGGGGGACGUGCUACCGCCUUGAUGAGAAGAUGGAUACUAAUCUGGAGUAUCAGAUUCCUGAAAAGGUUCGUCAUGGCUCGUUCCUACGUCACGAGUACGAAGUAUUCAGAAAAUUCAGGGCCUUCUAUCGGGUUCAAGGUCUGAGAACAUUCAUACCAAUGCCGGUCCAGAAUUCACUUGUUUGGCCUCCUUUCUACUUAUCAAACAGGAUUUUAGUUGAACUGGUGCCGAAAUUGCACAGCUUAAGAGUUCUAUCUCUAAGUGGCUAUUCCAUCACUGAGCUGCCUUCUUCAAUCUGUGAUCUGAUACAUUUACGGUACCUCAAUCUUUCAGGGACUUCAAUCGAGACGCUGCCGGACUCUUUGGGUGAUCUCUUCCAGUUGCAGACCCUGUCCUUGAGCAACUGCCGGUUCAUAAGUAAGUUGCCUCCAGCUUUGGGGAAUCUAUCGAAUUUGCGCCAUCUCAACAACGCCAAUACGGAUAAACUCAAAGACAUGCCGGUUGAAAUUGGUAAGCUGAAGAAUUUGCAAACACUACCGAAGAUUGUUUUGAGCAGAAGCAGGGGCUUGGGAUUGAGAGAACUUAGGGACCUAAAGUUAUUAAGAGGGACUCUAGCCAUUUUUGAAUUGCAGAACAUAACAGACCUUGAGGAUGUGAAGGAGGCGAAUCUGAGGGCUAAGCAGGAUCUUGAUGAGUUACAACUGAAUUGGGGAAGCGACAUUGGCAGUUCCCCUGGCAGACCUUCGGAGGAAGAGGUGAUGGACCUGCUGCAUCCUCAUGAGAACUUGAAAAGCUUAAAGAUUGAAUAUUAUCGCGGUCUGACAUUUCCAACUUGGGUUGGGGAUCCGUUGUUCGGCAAGUUGUCCAGUGUAAGCAUCCACAGCUGUUUGGGGUGCAUGUCUCUGCCACCUCUCGGUCGGAUGAGAGACCUUAAACACCUGCGGAUAGGAAACAUGCCGAAAGUGAAAUGCAUCGGAGGUGAUUUCUAUGGGAGCGAAGCUUCCGUUCCAUUUCCGAAACUGGAGACUCUAAGAUUCGAUAACUUGCCAGAAUGGGAGAAAUGGACUGGUUUUGACGAGGGUGCGGCUGCUCUGAUACAGUUUCCGAAACUUCUGGAGCUUGCUAUGUUCAAAUGCGACAAGUUAACGGAUAUUUCUCCCCUUAGUUUUCCUGUUCUCCGGCAGUUGGACCUCGAGGAAUGCAGCAUGGUUCUGUUGGAAAGAUUCAGUAGUCUCGAAUCUUUAAGUUACCUGAAAAUCGAAGCUGUCGCAGGGCUAUCCCAUCUCCCGACAAGACUAAUACAGUCCUUAAAAUCACUUGAAGUUUUGGAGUGUUGCAACUGCAGUGAGCUGCUCUCGGUGUGGCCGGACGAGAUUCAGCCCGAAUGUCUUGCUCGUCUGAGACGCCUUGUCGUUGCAGACUGUUUGCAGCUGGGGUCGUUGGGUCAAGGAGACCAGCAACUGCCCUGCAAACUCGAAGUUCUUGAAUUAUUCCGUUGCGGAAAUCUGGUUUCGCUUCCGGACGACUUGAGCGAGCGCUCGUCCUUACGAGAGCUGAUCAUCAAGAAUUGCGUCAAGUUCACCGCCUUUCCGCAGACUGGCAUCCCUCCCAUGCUCAAACGUCUCGAAAUCCUCAGUUGCAACGCUCUGGAGUCCCUGCCAUGGAACAUCACAGAUCUCGAAAGGUUGGAGAUCAAGGAAUGCUCGUCUCUGAGGACAUGGGCGACGCGUAGUUUUCCCAUCACCCUUAAAAAGCUUUCGAUCAAAAACUGCGCCCAGCUGGAGGCAGUUUCGGAAGACAUGUUCCCUUGGAACAGCGACAUGUUGUUGGAGGAUCUUAGUUUAUGCAACUGGCGCAACUUGGGUAACCUGCUCCAGCAUCUGCACGCAUUCUCGCAUCUAGCUGAGCUGUAUCUCUCCGGCUGUUACGGUCUGAAACACUUCCCCGAGCACGGAUUGCCGCCCGGUCUACGAUCGCUAUCUCUGGAAGAUUGUGCGAAUCUCAAGUCGUUGCCUGCAAAGGUUCGGAACAUGAAGUCCCUGGUGUUACUUGAGAUAAGGAGUUGUCCGAGGCUCGAUAAUUUUCCGACCUGUGAUUUACCUCCGAACCUGGCAUCGCUUAGGAUAUGGGAUUCGAAGAAAUUCAGGCCUCUAUCGGAUUGGGGCUUGCAUAGGCUGACUUCUCUCCGAGAAUUCUCCCUCUGCGGGGGGUUCAAAGAGGUCGACCUACUCGGUGAUGAUGACAGUCUCUUCCCGGAAUCUCUGGUGACAUUUUCGAUUGCCAGGUUCCCGAAGCUCACCUCACUCUGUAAGGUGCUGGAGAAUCUUUCUUCGCUGCGGCACCUAUCGAUCAUGAACUGUGGGAACCUUCAUAGCUUGCCUAGUGAGAGCCUGCUCGGAAGGCUCUGGCAUCUGGAAAUAAGUGACUGCCCGAUUCUGAAGCCGCGCUGUCUGAAAGACAGAGGCGACUAUUGGAACAAGAUACGCGGAAUACCUUGUGUCGAGAUUGAUGGGACUUAUGUGUAUCGCCAUCCCCAAAACUAAACUCGAGUGCUGGUCGAGACAAGAUAGAAACUUGUCUGUCUUCUUGCCUUGUUUCUUAUAAUCAAUCUCAUUCUGUACAUGCAGAUGCAGAUGCAGAUGCACAUUCAGUCAUUCAUUUUCUCAACUCAAACUGUCUGUCUUGGGGGUAUCAGAGAUAUCGACGGCUGCCACCGGAACUCUAUGUAAGUCGAAUUACCAUUGUGCUUUAAGCUAAGUUAAGCUGUUUUUGUUCUAUAAGUUGGGUGCUGGUUGUCAACUUUUUCAUUCCACAAAUAAUUUCAUAUAUAUAUAUAUAUAUAAGAAAUGGCAAUUCUACAUUUUGUGUUAGUACUCAAUGUGUGUUAGAGUAGAUAUGUAAGUAGGCAUUGGUUAUUUUUUUAUGACGUUUGGUAGACCCUAGUUCACACUAGCCAAAUACGUGUGACCUCGGUCACAAAUUCAUUCCCGCA